AUGCUCUUUAUUACCCUUUUGGCCUCAAUUGUGGCGGCAAGCACGUUUGAAGAAUAUCCUCCCGAUUACAAGGUAACUUUGGGAAGUGAUUGGAUCAACAAAGAUGACGUUCAUCCAUAUCUAUAUACUAUUAGGGACGACAACUUUCAAUAUGCAUGCAAUAUCAGUACGCCAUCUUAUUUUAAGGAUGUAAAUCUGUCCAGAAGCAUCAAUACAACUCAUUUGGACUUGCAGAAGAAGGAUGCCAUACAGGCCAUUAAAAACUUUAACAAGGUCCACGAAAACCACUGCAUAUAUAGCGAGUUGGGUUACUGGUCAUACAGAGCAUGCUUCUCCCGAGGCUUCACCCAAUUUCAUUACACUGGAGAUCGUUCUAAAGUUCAUGAACAGCUCCAAACAGAUCCUUCUAUUCCGUCUCAUCGACUUGGAUAUAUGAAGGACGAUCUAUUCUCCAAACUGUCGGACUUUGAGUUUGUCAAGUCCAGUGACGGGUCUCGAUAUUUGAGUCAGUUGGUAUACAAUGGCUCUGUCUGUGACCUUACGGGUAAGGAAAGAUCUGUAUUUGUUCAGUACAGAUGCGCUCCAGAGUAUUCUGUACCGGUGAUUACCGAUGUCGAUGAAUUAAAGACUUGUCAGUACAGAAUGGUGAUCUCUUCAGCCGAAUUGUGCCAGUAUCCGGUUCUUAAACCUCAGAACUACGUCACAGAGGCAAACAUCUCUUGCAAUCCAAUAAGAGAAUCCAAUUCCAAUUCAGAUGCUCAUUUACUUGCAAUUCACGAGAAAUUGGACUUGUCUACACUUGAUCUACAGCCAAUAGGCGAUGGUAUCUUCUUGGGAUCGUUCCAGAAUCAAGCUUUACCCAUGCUUCCUCGCAUUUUGGUCACCAAUAGGAAAUAUUCAAGUCUAGAAAACGACUUUUUGACUGAUGUAGGUCAGGCUUUCAUGAAUAUGAUGAAAGCAAAUAGAGUGUUCACUCCUCCAGGUGUUUCUCCUGCAAGACCCUUAAAAAAAGGUGACAAAUUCGAAUACGUUACAGAGGUCUACGGUCUUAACAGGGAGUUCAUUGCCAAUGUUGCCAUAGAACAAAACGAAAACGAUUUUUUGGUCACCUACUUUACCGACUUUGGCUCCGCCAAUGACAAUUUUGUAGAGUUUACUGCAGGAGAUACAACUGCAUAA